GGGGGUGACGUAAGCAGGGGGGCGGGCCCAGGGCAUAUAAAUACAGGCUGGCAGCUCUGCGCUUCAUUCAUAAGGCUGAGAGCUAUCGCCACGACUGGGGUACGCGGAGCCCGGACUUGGGGACUUGACUAUUGUGGUUCUUUUUGGGGAUUGUGAAGUUUGUUUUGUUUCGUUGUUUGUUUUUUUUUUUAACUCCGGAGAGAAAGUUUUUGUAAGAAUUCUAGAGAUUUCUUCAUUGUUUCCUGGAGGACCGGCUUAACUUUUUCGUCUUCUUUUAUUACUCCCCGCCGGGGGACCCGCGGAACCCUUGGAAGAGACCGCACCCGAAGCGAACUCUGUACAGCGGGACAGCGCUUUCUGCCUCUGCGGGAGAGAUUCCCCGCUCGCCCCUGUGUCCGACAGAGUCUGGACGAUUAGGAAGUACAGCGGCAUCCUUUAGGAGCCUCAGCACUGCGGAGGAACUGCACAGAAACUUUGCUAUUGUUGGAGCGGGACGCUGCCCUCUCUCCGAGCUUCCCCGGAGAGCGCACUUUGGGGACGCGCUCGGCUCACCCCAGACUCGCACCUUACUUACCCCACCCGGCCAUAGCCUUGGCUUCCCGGCGACCUCAGCGUGGUCACAGGGCCCCCCCUGUGCCCAGGGAAAUGUUUCAGGCUUUCCCCGGAGACUACGACUCCGGCUCUCGGUGCAGCUCUUCACCCUCUGCCGAGUCUCAAUAUCUGUCUUCGGUGGACUCCUUCGGCAGCCCACCCACCGCCGCCUCCUCCCAGGAGUGCGCCGGUCUCGGGGAAAUGCCCGGUUCCUUCGUGCCCACGGUCACCGCGAUCACAACCAGCCAGGACCUCCAGUGGCUCGUGCAACCCACCCUCAUCUCUUCCAUGGCUCAGUCCCAGGGGCAGCCCUUGGCCUCCCAACCCCCGGCAGUCGACCCCUAUGACAUGCCAGGAACAAGCUACUCCACACCAGGCCUGAGUGGCUACAGUAGCGGCGGUGCUAGUGGCAGCGGUGGGCCUUCCACCAGUGGAACUACCAGCGGACCUGGGCCUGCCCGCCCAGCACGAGCCCGGCCUAGGAGACCCCGAGAGGAAACGCUCACCCCGGAGGAAGAGGAAAAGCGAAGGGUUCGCCGCGAGCGGAACAAGCUGGCAGCAGCUAAAUGCAGGAACCGUCGGAGGGAGCUCACUGACAGACUGCAGGCGGAGACUGAUCAGCUGGAGGAAGAAAAGGCAGAGCUGGAGUCGGAGAUCGCCGAGCUCCAAAAGGAGAAGGAGCGCCUGGAGUUUGUGCUGGUGGCCCACAAACCGGGCUGCAAGAUCCCCUAUGAAGAGGGGCCCGGGCCGGGGCCAGGCCCGCUGGCGGAGGUGAGAGAUUUGCCGGGGUCCGCAUCCGCUAAGGAAGACGGUUUCAGCUGGCUGCUGCCGCCCCCGCCACCACCGCCCCUGCCCUUCCAGACCAGCCAAGACGCGCCCCCCCACCUGACGGCUUCUCUCUUUACACACAGUGAAGUCCAAGUCCUCGGCGACCCCUUCCCCGUUGUUAACCCUUCGUACACGUCCUCGUUUGUCCUCACCUGCCCGGAGGUCUCCGCAUUCGCCGGCGCCCAACGCACCAGCGGCAGUGACCAGCCUUCCGACCCCCUGACCUCGCCCUCCCUCCUUGCUCUGUGAACCCUUUACACAAACAACAAACAGACACUCAAGGGAGAGCGAUUUGGACGAGGAGGAGAGAGGGGAAGAGACAAACUGGGUGCGUGGCUCCCUGACUCUUCUGUCUGACCCUCCCUCUCCACUGCCGUGGGACGAGAAGACCUCUUGUGUUUUGUGCCGCCGCCGCCGCCGCCGCUUGUUUGUGGGCCCGGGCGAGGCCCGAGAGCUGGUGACUUUGGGGACAGGGGUGGGGAGGGGAUGGACGCCCCCAGAUGCCUGUUGGUCUUGACAGAGGGGCUGGUGGGGGUGACGCCCACCUUUGGCGUCCUGUGCCGGGCGGGGUGGGAGAGAAGGGUGCGGGGCGGGCAGGCGCUGUGGGUUGGCUCGAGCCGUCCCAGAGAGGCCCAACAAGGAACGCCACCCCCUCCAGGGGGCUGCCGGCCUGGCUCCCCCGUCCCCUACCCUAGCUUAUUUAUCCCACCUUCCCAUGAGGUUAGACCCUCCUCUGGCACAGUGGAGGCCUCCGGCCCCAGCCGCACAUCCAGCCCCGGAAGCUGAUGCUCCCAUCAGCUACCCCCAGAUUUAUUCUGAAAUGUGAACUCCCUUCCCGGAUUGUCCAGCCGUCCCCUCCUAGGAAAAAAAAACCUGGCUAGGAUUGGACUUUCUCAGUCCCUAAGGACCCCGUUCAGUCCCCUCCUCACCCCCUUUCUGAUGGAUCUCAGUAUUAUUCCAAACCCUCCUCCUUCAAGCUACUCCCUGGCCGUCCUUGUUGGACCUUUCUGGUUUCAAGCAGCAGGGGGCGCUGCGACGCCUUCCUGCUGGAGUGCUUUAUACUGUGAAUGAGCAGCCUGGUUGUAGGGUGGGCUUGGUGGGACAAGACCCCGACUCCCCAAAGCCUUCCCUGGGCCUCAGCCCCUACCUGCCUCCUCCUCUCCUCACCGAUGAGUUAGACUCAAAGGAGGGGCAGAAUCCAGAGGAGGGUUGACAGAAACACACCCGCGGCCUCUCCCUCUCUGGGACCCCUGUCCUUUUUUUUUUUGAAGGCCUCCACCUUCCCCAGCCUAGGACGCCAACUUCUCCCUGCCCUCGGCGCCCUGCGUCAGUCCCUUCUAGAAAGGGAGUGAGGGGCUGGACAUUUUCCAGAGAAGUUUGAAGGGCUGAGGCUUUGGUUUCAUGGACUCCCAAUAUUUUUGGACUGGCAAACAUGGAGAGGAUGGGCUCCCCAGUCCCAUCUCUCCAUGCCUUCACUCCGAAUUUUGGAUCUGGCUCUCCCACCUCGCCUCUCCUUGAGCUUCACCUGUGAGUGAGAAUUUCACCAUGGGGCAAAUUUCUAUUUUUUAAUAUGAGGGUGGCCCUGUCACUCUCUGUGUCGCAUGGACAACAUUCCACACCCUGUCCCACAUCUCCGGCCCUAAACCAGACCCUCCCUUACCUAUUUAUCCCUUCCCUGAUUCCUGAAAGGCACUUAUAUCUAUUAUGUAUAAAUAAAUAUAUUAUAUAUGGGUGUGUGUGCGCGCGCGCGUGUGUGUGUGAGUGUGAGUGCUUUCCACAUCGAAUAGUGUGCCGUGGAGUUGGCAAUGCUUCUGGAACUUGGAAUCAGUGUCUCGGGCCGUCUCUAUCUGUCCCUAGCUGUCCCUUCUCCGAUUGUCUCAGCAAGCCAGCCAGUCCAGCAAUCUCCUGCUGGCUCCCUGACUGUUUCUCCUGUAUGGCCCUUUGACCGUGCCCACCUGUGUCCUUUCUGACUGUCCCUGAUCCUCCAGCUGUCCACGGACAGGUUUAAUUGGGGACCUGUGAUAAUAGUUUUCAGAGGAUGCCUGAGAGAUGGACAAUUUUUGCAGUCUGUAUGGUUGAGAAUCCUCGUUGCCAGUGUGAGUUUGGGAAGGGCCUGCCUAUGCCAAACACAGUUUAUUGAAUCCCCAAGCCCCUCACACCUC